AUGCAGACUGCUUCUACAAACAUUUGUGAAAGAAUGCGGGAUUGGUUGCCACCUGUGCAAUUAGUCCAUCCAUUAAAUUUUCAGCUGAUAGUGGUAUUAUAACAAAGUGGAAGCAACUAGGAACAAAAGCAACUCAGCCAUGAAGUGGUAGGCCACGAAAAAUGACAGAGCGGGGUCAGCGCAUGCUGAAGCGCACAGUGCACACAAGUCACCAACUGUCUGCAGAGUCAAUAGCUAAAGACCUCCAAACUUCAUGUGGCCUUCAGAUUAGCACAACAACAGUGUGUCGAGAGCUUCAUGGAAUGGGUUUCCAUGGCUAAGCAGCUGCAUCCAAG